AGGGGCCGUCCCCGCUUCAGCCAAUGAGAGGCGCGUCCGCGCGGGUCCAUCGCCGGUUCGGGGCUGCGCGAGCUUUAACCGCAGCGCGGAGCCCACGUGCAGUUUCUGCUCGAGGCGACCCUUCCGCUGUUGGAGCCGUACGCGGCAUUUCUCGAGGCGAUUCCCAAAGCGAUUCCCGAGGCGAUUCCCAAAGCGAUUCCCGAGGCGAUUCCCGAGGCAAUCCCUGCAGCGAUCCCCGCGGCGCUGCCGCAGCCGCUCCCGGCGAUCCCCGAGGCCAAGCAGAGCUCAGCCCCGGGCUCAGCCCCAUCAUCCGCACGGGCAGCGGCUCCCACAGCUCCAGCGGGAUGUGGUGCGGCACAGCCGGUAUACGAGGAUCUAAAAUGCAGAGGACCCAAAGGAUCGUUGGGCCUGAUCGCUACAUUCCCAGCCGGAGAGCUCUGGACAUGGAUGUGGCCAAGUUCCAGAAGGACACUGCUGUGGUGUCACCUACCGUGAAGGAGCGCCAGAGACCCUGGGCAGCGAGUCUGAAUGCCUUUGAUCUGGAAAAGAUCCUGGAAGAGGUUCUCCGCCUCAGUGGAAAGGCUCAGACCACUGCAGCAGGCUAUCAGUACAACCUCAAAGCGCUCUACGGGCAUGAGGUGAUGCCUGGGUUCGGCAGGAGAAAGGGCAGAUACAUUUCUUCUGCACCAGACCGAGUCCUGAGUGCCCCAGACAUCCACGAUGACUAUUACCUGACUCUCCUUGACUGGAGCACUCAAAACCUCCUGGCGCUGGCUCUGGACACCACUGUCUACCUGUGGCACCACAUCUCUAGGGAGACCGUCAACCUCAUGGAGAUAGAGCACGUAGCUGAUUAUGUUUCCUCUGUGUCCUGGGGUAACGGAGGAGACUGCCUUGCUGUUGGUGUGAGCAACGGUGAGGUGCAGCUGUGGGACGUCGAGCAUCAGAAAUGUCUCCGCACUCUGACCAGCCACGUGUCCCGUGUGGGGUGUCUCAGCUGGAACAGCUACAUCCUGUCCAGCGGGUCACACAGUGGCCAAAUCCACCACCACGACAUCCGAGUUGCUCAACAUCACGUGGCCACACUCGCUGGUCAUAAGCAGGAGGUGUGUGGACUGAAGUGGUCUCUGGAUGGCCGCUACCUUGCCAGUGGCGGUGAUGACCACCUGGUGAACAUCUGGCCAAGCAGCCAGGGGGGCCGUGCAGGAUUUGCUCCAGUCCAGACCUUCCGUCAGCACCAGGGUGCUGUCAAGGCUUUGGCGUGGUGUCCGUGGAAGUCCAGCAUUCUGGCCACUGGAGGUGGAGCCACUGACAAAAGCAUCCGCUUCUGGAAUGUGUGUUCUGGCACCUGCCUCGGCAAUGUUGAUGCCCAUUCCCAGGUCUCUUCCAUCCUAUGGUCAACCAACUACAAGGAGCUCAUUUCAGGCCAUGGCUCUGAAGAGAAUCAGCUGGUGAUCUGGAAGUAUCCAGCCAUGUCCAAGGUCACCGAGCUGCAAGGUCACACAGGAAGAGUCUUGAGCAUGGCUCUGAGCCCUGAUGGUGAAACAGUGGCCUCGGCUGCUGCUGAUGAAACGCUGCGACUCUGGCGCUGUUUUCAGAUGGAUCCAAUCAGGAAGAAGGAGAAAGAGAAGGCAAACAGAGUCAAAAGCAGCGUCCUUCACCAGACCAUACGAUAAGGGCAUGGGGCUGUUGGGGGGAGUGGGGAAACCUGGUUUACCCUUCCUUAUUUUAAAUGUUAUUAAAUGUUAAUUCACGUUUUAAAAUUAACAAAGUGCUUUCAUUUGUCUUUUUUUUGGAGUUUACUGGAAGAGAAGGCCAUGGCUGACAGAAGCAAGCCCAGUGUGGAUGCCGUGGACGAGUCCCGCAGUGUCACACCAGAAUGGUCUCCAAGCCUUGGUCCUCUGCCUUUCUGCCCACCGAAGAGCUCGCAGCGCCCUGCACCCUACGUGCCAGUCA